CAAGUUCGAACGAUUGAGACGAUGAGUGGUGGAAGAGAAAACAUUCAUAACCAUAACGGCUUCGCGCCAACAGAUACAAUGGAGCCUAGCGGAAACGCCGCAAAAGCGUGGAGUUCUAAAUUUCAACUGUGUUCUACUACAAAAGCAUUAUUAUGAAUGAAAGUAAAAAUCAUAAAUAAUAAAUAAAUAAAAUUCUGUUCCUGUAGUGAUUUUUUGUAAAAACUUAUAUUAAUGAUGCAUUGGAUAAGAUUGGGUUUAACAUUUCCAGCACACUCAUUGCUGAUAAAAGAUGUUAAUUGGUAUUUAUCCUGCAUAUCAUUUAAUACUGUUCUUCGAAAGAAUUUACACAGAAUAUCACAAUGUUGCACAAAAGUGAAGAAUGAGAGCUUUGAAAUUGAAAGAGAUUUAUUAAAAAUCGGCAAUGCUCGAGCGCAUGCACAAGGCUCAAAAGAAGUUAUUGAAUGUCUUGAAAAAAAUGGUAUAAAUGAUUUUAUUGAAUAUUUACCAUCACGGUUUUUAAGAAGAACUUCAAUAGCCAGUCCGGGUAUAGUAAUUGAUGACAGUGCAGCAAAGAGUAUAUGUGAUAUGAUUGUGGAUGAUCUUAAAGCGAAUGCUACUUUCAUUGCUGAAAUGAACCCUGCUUUGGGUAAGCUUACAAAAUGUCUAAUUGAUGCAGGAAUCCCAAAGAUACAUUUGUACGAACCAUAUUUAUCUUUCAUUACAUAUCUCAAAACACUUGAUAAUAAGUACCAAGACAAAAUAGAUAUUCGCCAAUAUAAUCUGUACUGUCUGUGGAAUAUGGGAGUGAAUGAUAUGCAUAGCGAAGGAGAUAAAAUAAAAAAUACUUUUGAAGGUGUACAAAAGAAACAAUAUGAAGAAGAACCAAGCAUGCACAUUAUUUGUAUGCUUCCUUCCAUAAGAUUUAUAAAGCAAUUAAUGAUAUUUUUAAUAUUGAAAAAUAACAUUAUGUUGUAUGGAAGACCAGUUUUUUAUAUAGGAAUGGCACCAUCUCUUUUCAAAUACUUAUCUGCGACAUGCUCAGACGGAUAUUUUUAUUAUCGAACAAGUUCCAUCCUGUUUCAAACAUUUUUUCAUUACCAGCAACUGGGAACGAUACCAAGGUCAGCAAUACUGCCAUUGCCAUCUAAGCUAAACUCUUUAAAAAGAACAAAAAAAUCUAAGGAUUUGAUCCAAGCGGAUAAUAAAGACGUAGUUAUUGUGAGAAUAGAACCAAAAGCGAAUCUCUAUACGGAAAUUUUAGAAGAAACUACAGCAAUUCCAUUUUGGUUCUUUAUCCAGCAGACCACUUUAUCAAGAAGUACCAGAGUUAUACCAAAAUUGGAAGACUGGAUACCAAAUUGUGGAACAUUAUUCAUACCCAAAGGCAUCGAUAUAUUUACAGAAUUCGGCCAUUUAGAACCUAUGCAGCUACUUGAGAUUUAUAAAAACUUUAGGAAAUUGCCCGAUAUGGAAAGAUCCUCGUUCUAUUCUUCGCUGGAAUUAUAUAUGUCGAAAUUUUAUGAUUACUAUGGAACACAUUCGUUAACUGUCCCUGGAAUUGAGUAGCCUGUCGAACAAAGUAUCGAAAAUGACGAAUAACUGAUCUCUGCCCCGUGUAAAUAAAUGGACCAUCGAAACUAAUAUAGAAGGAUUGUAAUUUCACCACAUACAUUUGAAUAAAACAACGUAAUAAAUACUAAAAUCUUAAAUCAUU